AAAAAAAAAGACACACAGUUCUGCAAUACAGUUCUAGUAUUCUCAACAGCUACAGCUGUAGCUGCUGCACAACUGGAGUGAUUCUGUUCACAAAACAGAAAAAAAGGUGCUUAAAGAGUAACAGAACUAACAAACAAAAAUUAUCAAGUGCUUGUGCAGUAAAGUAGAAAAUAAAAUUGGCUAGAAAUCUUGUUGCAAUCCAACAUUGCAGCAUGCCUCCACAUAAAAGUAAUUGCUGAAUAAGAAGUGUUUAAAUGAUGGUAAUGCAACACUGCUGUGCACUAGAUUAGUGCAAUUGCAGUGACCUGAUACAAAUCAACUUGAGAUACAGGUCGUAAGUAUUGCCUCUUACUUUAUAAACCUAUUUCAGCAAAUCAGUAACAGGUUUUUCUCACAACUCUGAAAAUUGAGAUGCCCUGUUGUAAUAACUUUUUUCCUUUCCCUUCUCAUCAGCUCUUCCCUAGUGGUAUUUCUAAACUCAUAUGAAGGAUGUUGAAGAGACUGUCUCAUAUAAAGAUCUUGAAAGGCUGCAGGGACUUCUUCGCCAGUGAGAACUAAAGCAUGACUGCCAUCCAGGAAGUGAGUGGAUUUUUCCUUCCAUUUCCCUGAAAAAAUUGCCAAAAUCCUGAGAAGCAAAUUUUUUUUUGGAAGUUGUUGAAGCUCUUAUGAAUAGAGAAGAGGAUAUUUUUUUUUUUUAGCCCUGCAAAGCUACCUGAUAUUUGAAAUGCUGAAGAGGAAAUUACGGUUUUGCCACAACUCGCGCUUCAGGCUUUUCUUGGGUCUAACUCUCAUUUUAGUAAUAAUUUCAGUUUUGAAAGUUAACCAGAAAGAAGACUUCCUAAAUCGGAGACAUCUGGAGCUAACAAAAGAAGAUCCUAUUAGCAAUGUUAACUGCACCAAGAUUAUUGAGGGGGAUAUAGAAGAAAUACAAAAGGUACAGCUUGAGGCAUUAUCAGUGUCAUUUAAGAAACGCCCCAGACUAACAACAGAUGAUUAUAUUAACAUGACUGCAGACUGUGCCUCCUUCACCAAGACUAGGAAAUACAUUAUGGAACCUCUCAGCAACGAAGAAGCAGAAUUUCCAAUUGCUUACUCAAUUGUGGUUUAUCACAAAAUUGAGAUGCUUGAUAGACUUCUAAGAUCAAUCUAUGUUCCACAGAAUUUUUAUUGCAUUCAUGUAGACAAAAAGUCUCCAGAAUCAUUUUUUGCUGCUGUGAAGGGAAUAGUCUCAUGUUUUGAUAAUGUCUUUAUUUCCAGCCAGUUAGAGAGUGUGGUAUAUGCUUCAUGGAGCAGAGUGCAAGCAGACAUUAACUGCAUGAAAGAUCUCUACAGAAGAAGUUCAAACUGGAAAUACCUAAUAAACCUAUGUGGUAUGGACUUUCCUAUAAAGACCAACCAGGAAAUAGUAGAGAAAUUAAAAGCCCUUAAAGGUGAAAACAGCUUGGAAACAGAAAAAAUGCCUGUUUAUAAAGAAGUAAGGUGGAAAAAACACCAUGAGAUUAUUGAUGGUAAAAUAAAGAACACAGGCAUAGACAAACAACUACCACCUCUCAGUACUCCAGUUUUUUCUGGCAGUGCCUAUUUUGUAGUUAGCAGGAACUUUGUAGAAUAUGUACUAGAAAACAGCAAAAUACUAAAGUUCAUUGAGUGGGCGAAAGAUACUUACAGCCCAGAUGAGUACCUGUGGGCAACAAUUCAGAGAAUCCCUGAAGUCCCAGGUGCAUUUUCUUCCAGUGACAAGUAUGAUGUUUCUGACAUGAAUGCACUGGCCAGGUUUGUCAAAUGGCAAUACUUUGAAGGUGAUGUGUCCAAAGGUGCACCCUACCCACCAUGCAGUGGAGUUCACAUUCGCUCUGUCUGUGUUUUUGGAGUAGGAGACUUGAACUGGAUCCUACGAAACCACCACUUAUUUGCUAAUAAGUUCGACACUGAUGUUGACCCUUUUGCAGUGAAAUGCUUGGAAGAGUAUUUGCGGCACAAAGCUCUGUAUCUGCAAAAGAACUGAAAUGUCUGCUCCUGUCAGGAAACAUAGCUACAAAUAUUCUACUGCAACAUACUUUAACAUGUUGCAGCAAUUGUGGUGAUGCUGAUAAUGGGUAUAAUGACCCCCACCAUGUUGGUGUGGUGGUGCUCUUGCCCUGCCUUGUCCACGGACAAAGGGCAGAAAAGACAUAUCUUGAGUAUGUCUUGUGGCACACUGAGGUUUGGAGCUUUAGGUACAAAAUCAGACAGCAGUUUUUGGAAAGCCAACUAUUUGGAGUAUUUAUUGUCUAGAAGGUAUAAUGGACUUUCCUUUGGCCAAACUAUUUUAAGGCACAGAAAAUGCAUGUUGCUCAUGAUUAUUCUCAAUUUUUUUUUCCCAUGAAUGUAAUGCUAGCUGGAAGAGAAAGAUGAAGGGGUGGGGUACAAAGCAGCUGGACUGCACUUCAUACUGAAUACUAAAAGAUCUCAGGAAUACACUAGAAUUUAUCUAAAAGCUAUGCAAAAGGGGAUAUACAAAACCAGCUGUUACCAUUUUACAUAGAUCUGUUUGCUGCAGUUAUGUUACAUGUGAUUCUUAAUCCUCCUGAAAUUUUUGUCUUCAGCAUGGAGUAUUAAAGAAUUCAAAUAUUUUGUAUUCUUAAAGCACCCUGAUAUUGUGUCAUAAAGUUUAUACACUAGUUUGUAAUUAUAUCUUCUCAGGGAAACUUCAGUUUUGUGCCUGAUGAGAUUUAGACUUGUAAUUUUACAUUUCUUACUGUAUGGGGAGUUUUGUUUUUGUAUCCAAAAUAGCUGAAGUUUCUCAAAACUUAAAGAACUGCAGUAGUGUCUAAAUAUUACUGAUGGAACUGCUGGUUUCUGCUUUCUGUCAAGCUCACUUUACAUUCCAGAUUAUUUUAACACUAAGUAUGGAAAAAAUAAAAUUAUUUUUUUAAAUGAUACUGUCUCUUCCUACAAUUCAAGUCCCCUCUGAAAAUAUCACAAAUAAUUCUUAAUGAUGAAGGCCGAAGAUAUUUUUGCUAUAGUUUUCCAUACAUGACUGAAGCUGCAGCUUAUGUAAGCCCUUCCUUACCUCCAUAUGAUCAGUUACUCAUGUGUCUGUGCUUGUUUAGGUUUAACUUGUUCAUCUGAUUUUAAUUCUAGUUAGGCCAUUGCUUAGUUUAGCUGCUGCAGUAUGACACAGAAGCUUGGGGAUGAAAGAAGAAGACACUGUGAGGGAUGAUACUACUUCCUUCUGUAUCAAUUCAGGUUUGUCAUGCAUAGUUACUGCCAGCUGUCUCAUUCCUGAGCUGGCAGUGGAAUUAAUUAAAAGUAUUAGCAAAUGGCAAAA